AUGACAACUCGGCAUCAAGCACCGAUACCCGGCACUGGCAAGACGCUGUCGCCAUCUACCUCUACAAAGUCAGCGACGUCAACCAACAUUGUGGGCGUCCAUUACCGAGUCGGCAAAAAAGUAGGCGAAGGCAGUUUCGGUGUAUUGUACGAAGGCACCAAUCUGUUAAACAAUCAGUCGGUUGCUAUCAAGUUCGAAGCGCGCAAGUCAGAAGCUCCUCAGUUGCGAGAUGAAUACCGAACCUAUAAGAUCCUUUCCGGUUUACCGGGCGUACCGAGCGCUUAUUACUUUGGCCAAGAAGGGCAACAUAAUAUCCUGGUGAUCGAUUUACUGGGUCCCAGUCUCGAGGACGUGUUUGACAUGUGCGGCCGAAAGUUUUCCGUCAAAACGGUGGCCAUGCUAGCGAAACAAAUGCUGCUUCGGGUAGAGAAUGUGCACGAACGCAAUUUGAUCUAUCGAGAUAUCAAGCCCGACAACUUUCUGAUCGGACGACCCGGUAGUAAACAUGCCAAUACCGUCUACAUGAUUGACUUUGGCAUGGCCAAACCGUACCGAGACCCUAAAACAAAGCAACAUAUCCCUUACCGUGAACGCAAAAGUCUGUCGGGUACCGCACGUUACAUGAGUAUCAAUACCCAUUUGGGAAGAGAGCAAUCAAGACGAGAUGAUCUCGAGUCACUUGGGCAUGUGUUUAUGUAUUUCCUGAGAGGCUCGCUGCCGUGGCAAGGUUUAAAAGCUGCCACGAAUAAGCAAAAGUACGAGAAGAUUGGCGAGAAGAAACAGACAACCGCCAUCAAGGAUCUAUGCGAUAGCUUUCCUGAGGAGUUUGGCAUCUAUUUGCAAUAUGUAAGAAAACUCGGAUUCGAAGAAAGCCCGGAUUAUGAGUUUCUUCGCGAAUUAUUCAACAAAGUCUUGCGCCGUAUGGGAGAAACAGACGAUGGCGUUUAUGACUGGAUGAUGUUGAAUAAUGGCAAGGGGUACGAGGCAAGUAUCCACUCUUUUUUUUUCAAGAAACGCCACUGGGGAUGUUAUAUUGUCUACCCAGCUAUGUGUGGCUGCGGGGGCGGGGGGGGGGGGGUUGCGGUGGUUUAG